AUGGCUGACGCCCCGGAAGAACCCCACGAAGAGCUCGCGCUCACCACAACAGGCAAUGAGGUUGCGGAACCUGCUGCCAGGAAAGUGAAGAAGAUCAUCAGGAAGAAGAAGCGCCCAGCGCGACCGCAAAUCGAUCCCGCCCUCAUCAAGUCGGAACCACCACCCCAGACCGGAACCAUCUUCAAUAUCUGGUACAACAAAUGGUCCGGUGGCGAUCGCGAGGACAAAUACGCAUCCCAGAAAGCGGCAAAAGGAAGAUGCAACAUCGCGAAGGACACUGGAUACACAAAGGCAGACAAGGUGUCCGGCUCCUACUUCUGCCUGUUCUUUGCGCGAGGGAUAUGUCCCAAGGGUCAAGACUGCGAAUACCUGCACCGCUUACCCACAAUCCACGACCUUUUCAACCCCAACGUCGACUGCUUCGGCCGUGACAAGUUCAGCGACUACCGCGACGACAUGGGUGGCGGCGUAGGCUCAUUUAUGAGGCAGAAUCGCACCAUAUACGCCGGACGAAUCCAUGUCAGCGACGAUAUCGAGGAGAUCGUGGCGCGUCACUUUGCUGAGUGGGGAGAGGUCGAGCGGAUCAGAGUUUUGAACACAAGGGGCGUCGCUUUCAUCACAUAUUCCAACGAGGCCAACGCUCAGUUCGCGAAGGAGGCAAUGGCGCAUCAGAGCCUGGACCACAGCGAGAUCCUGAACGUCCGGUGGGCGACGGCCGACCCCAACCCAAUGGCGCAGGCAAGAGAGGCAAGGAGAAUCGAGGAGCAAGCUGCAGAGGCGGUCCGCCGCGCGCUUCCGGAGGAUUUCAUUGCCGAGAUAGAAGGCAGAGACCCGGAGGCGAGGAAGAGGAGAAAGUUGGAGAGCAGUUAUGGCUUGGAAGGCUACGAGGCGCCGGACGAAGUACAUUUUGCCAGGGGAGAGAAUGCCGUCAAUCCGAGGGCAAGGGCAGGCCAUGGCGAUCAGUUGGAUCUGGAGCAGCAGCAGCGCUUGAUGCUCGAGAGCGGAGAGACCGAGGCGCAGGCUGCGGCAGAUGAGACUCAAAGGCAGCUCGAGGAGAAUGGGAUCUUCUCUAGUAGCACGCUGGCGGCACUGAAAUCUGCACAAGUGGCGGUCGCGUCCAAGGAGAAGAAAGCCCCGGCAGGCCCAUUAAACCUCGUGCCUCCCAAUCCAAAGAUCCAUCACCGGCACACUCUGUCCCGCCUCCUCAACAGGCGUCUCCCACCCCCUCUCAAUAGCCGCAGAAAUCAUCCCCAUCACCUCGCUGCUCGCCAGCACCCGCUGCGCCUGAUACGGGCCCAGCAGGUUGGCCCGGACGGCCGCGGAUAUCAAUGCCUUGACGUGGCCAAGCAUAAAGAUAUACGCCGUCUGGUGCAGGCCCAGCCCGACGACGCGGCAGACGACGCCAAACAGCGGCGCGAGAUGGGCCGCCUGUCAGCAGGGCGCGCCCCUGCGCCACGACGCCGCCGGCCGACUAUCACGAGUCUCCCGGGGUUUGCUGCUAGUGCCCAGCCCGACGCAAGCGUGCAGUCACUGUUCGCCAAACAGCGCGUUCGACAGACGGUGGCCGCCCUCGGGGCCUAG